CCGAGUGCUACGUGUACGGUGUGUGUGUGUGUGUCUGUGUGUGUCGUGUACGUGUACGUGUGUGCGUGCGUGUACAUGCACGGUCCGCGUUAAACUGUAAAGUGUUUGGACACAUUGCGUCCCGAUGAUGGCGAGUCUGCGUGAAUACGCGCGAUUAAUCCGGCAGUAAUGAUAGUGAUCGCGCGCCUUAUCGCGGCUGAUCGCGGGUGACGCGGCGAGCUCGCGCGGACAAGACAACCGGGGCCUCGUCUCCCUCCCGCCUCAUAUUCAUGACCCUGGUAUCCUCGUGAGCAAGAAGCGAGAAUGGGUGUUGGCCUCAAACCACUCGAGUUCACGGAUUGUUUAACCGACAGUCCGUACUUCCGCGAGAAUCUUCACUACCACGAGCGCGAAUUGGAGAAGACCAGCCAGCAGAUCAAGCGGCUCGUUAAGGAGGUCAAAGAUUUAUUGCUGGCCACUAAGAACCUGUCGAGGGCACAAAGAGCCUUUUCCAAAACGUUGCAAAACUUUAGUUUCGAAUGCAUCGGCGAGAGCCAAACCGAGGACGAGACUCACAUAUCGCAAAGCCUGAAAGAAUUUGGCAAGCUCAUCGCAUCCAUAGAAGAUGAGAGGGAUCGCAUGCUGGAACAAGCGUACAACCAGAUUAUACUGCCCUUGGAAAAUUUUAGGAAAGAACAUAUCGGUGGAGUUAAGGAUGGAAAGAAGAAAUUCGAGAAGCAGACGAUCAAAUUUUGCCAGAGCCAAGAGCGUUACUUGAAUUUAUCCACGAAGAAGCAGGACAAUGUUUUGCAAGAGGCUGAUGCAACCUUGGAGAUGGCCGAGAGACACUUCUCCCAAGCCAGCCUGGAAUAUGUAUUUUUACUGCAGGAGGUUCAGGAGCGGAAAAAGUUUGAAUUUGUCGAAACGUUGUUGGGAUUUAUGUUUGGAUGGCUGACAUUCUAUCAUCAAGGCCACGAGGUUGCGAAAGAUUUUAAACCUUAUAUGACGGAGCUGCAAUUGAAGAUCCAGAAGACUAGAGAGAAUUUCCUUGCUACCCGGGAUAAAACUGAAUCACUUAUGAAUAAAAUGAAGGACAUGAAAAAGUCCGCGGUAGAAAGUGGUCUCAAUAAGUCGCACUCGCGUGAAGGCUAUCUGUUCCUAAUGGAGAAAAAAGCAUUUGGUACAACAUGGACAAAACAAUAUUGCACAUAUCAAAAGGAUAGGAAAGAAUUCACUAUGAUCCCUUACAAUCAACUCACAGGAAAAUUUAGUAGCAAGGAAACCUUUACGCUAGCGUCUUGCAUACGACGAACAUCGGAUACCAUCGAGAAAAGAUUUUGCUUUGAUAUCACUGCCGUUGAUAAACCAAAUGUAACAUAUACAUUCCAAGCACUUUCCGAAGAGGAUAGAAAGUUAUGGAUGGAUGCUAUGGAUGGGAAGGAGCCUACCUUCAGUCCGCGAUUAGGCUCUUCCGCAAAACCUGAAGAUUUGACAUUGGCUGAAACCGGUUUUACGUUUGUGUCGAAAUGCAUUGCGGCGCUGGAAGAUAGAGGACUAGAAGAGCAAGGUCUAUACAGAGUGGUCGGAGUUGCUUCUAAAGUAAGCAAACUCCUGACGAUGGGUCUUGAUAAGAGGAAAGUGGAUAAGCUCAACCUCAGUGAUCGUUUUGAGUGGGAGAGUAAAACUAUUACCAGUGCGCUCAAAACUUACCUGAGAACAUUGUCCGAGCCGUUGAUGACCUUCCGAUACUACAACAGCUUCAUUACAUCUGCGAAACAGGAGAUGAAGGAAAUUCGGAUAAAUGAUAUACACAGUCUCGUUUAUCGAUUACCUACGGCCAAUUUCAAUAUGGUGACCCUUCUUAUUACUCAUCUUUGCAGCGUGGCGAAGAAAAGUGAUAAAAAUCUGAUGACCGUGGGGAACUUGGCGGUGUGUUUCGGUCCAACCUUGUUACGACCAGAAGAAGAAACUGUAGCCUCUAUAAUGGACAUAAAAUUUUACAAUAUUGUCGUGGAAAUAUUGAUUGAGAAUUGUGAGAGAAUAGUAGCUGGGCCACCCCAAGAUUCUUUACGCGCGAUAGCGGCACAGUCCACGCUGCAAACCAGCGUUAUCCCAGGCAAAGUGCAAUGUGUUAUAGUAGAAGAAGGCCCGACUUCCUCGGGCAACGGAACGGCAUUUUUAAGAUAUCCACUACACACGGCGGUAACGGUUACACCCGCAUCGUCGCACGCGCACCUUGUUACAAGAUCUUACUACGACGGCCAGCCUUUGACUGUUAACAAGUCGCCUACAGUCGACGAGAGAAACAACGGGGACUACGAGGAUCUCGACAACACAAGCCAUCGUAUACCAUCGUACUUGGACAGUCGCAUCGGUAGCACCAGCGGCAGUGGCAGUCGCAUCAAAUUGACUAACACAAAUCUCAUGUAUCAUUCAGCCGACAAAGUCCUGAGCGGUGGUAAUACCAGUAGUUCGAGCGAAUCGAUCGCGUCGGAUCCUCACCCCUUUACAAGCGAGUUACCGAUAAAGCAAAAACGUGGCACCAUGAUAUCCGUUCACUAUCCUACGGCUUAUCCUCAGCGUAACAACUCGUCAUCGAUAUGCCCCAUCAACACUUCGCCCAGCAGUGGACGUUCGAGUCCUGGCCAAAUUCCAGGAAUUUGGAGAGUACGGACCUUAUACGCCUGUAUGGCAGAAAACGAUGGCGAAUUAUCAUUUGAACCAAAUCAAAUUAUUACAAACGUCAAGGCCUCUUUGGAGCCAGGUUGGCUGGAAGGUACAUUAAAUGGUAAAACUGGUUUAGUGCCGAAGAAUUAUGUGGAGCAGCUACCCUAAGUACCGCGAGGAUAAGAAACCAAAGAGCGUCUGAGAAAAAUGUAGACAAUUUUAUUAUUACAAGAUAAAUUUACAAAUAUUCUUUUAAUGUUCUUGACACCAGUGAAGGAAGCAAAUUAAUGAGAGCUACGCUAUACAAUGCAAAGACAGCCGUGUGUUGAGCUUUCAUAUCAAUUUUGGCUAUACACUGCUUAGUCAAUUAUAUAUAUAUAUAUAUAUAUACUCUUAUGUAAACAUAAUUUAUUAGAAGCCAUCUUAUUCUAUGUGUAACUAAAUUGUAUAUAUAAUCUCUUGCGAAUGAUAUACAUGUGCAUAAGGAACAUACAAGAUUAAUAUUUCUUAUGUAUUUGAAUACAUUUAUACUAAAAGAAAACAUUCCCACGCAACAUAUGUAUAUGGAGAUUCCAUGGAGCUUGUAGGAAAUUUUAAAGGCAAUAACCAUUCGUUUUAUAGCAUUGUAUUAUAGUUACAAUAAAAUAUAUAAUGCCAUAUUGAGAAAAA